UUUAAAAAAAAUAAACUCAUGAAACAGGCCUGGACAAAAAUGAUGGUACCCCUAGAAAAGACUGAAAACAAUGUGACCAUAGGGACAUGUUCAAUCAAGGUGUGUCCUCUAAUUAGCAUCACAGGUGUCUACAAACUUGUAAUCAGUCAGUCGGCCUAUUUAUAGGGUUACAGUAGUCACUGUGCUGCUUGGUGACAUGGUAUGUACCACACUAAACAUGGACCAGAGGAAGUGAAGGAGAGAGUUGUCUCAGGAGAUUAGAAAGAAAAUUAAAGACAAGCAUGUUUACUCGUGGCAUUAAUUAUAAUAUAUCUCAAACAUCACAUAAACAAAUAUAACUUUUAAAUCAAAAGCAUCAACCAAAAGUGAGGCUUGCUUGGACUGACUUAUUACUGUGAGUAACAUUUGCUUUCACGCAUAAAUAUUUCUUCCUAUCAUUUAGAAUUUUAGAUGCUUCAUUUACUUUUCUUUCUUUUUUUUUUUUUUUUUUUUACUACAUCUCAUCACGAUGUUGCUACUGACUGAAUUUGGGAAAAGAUCAGUUUACUUUUGACCUGCUGGCACUGAUGCUGCUGUUAACCCAGUAAACGAAUCAUCACUUGUCGAGCAUCAACACGAUUUAACCGCAUGAGGUCACUGUUGCGAAAGACACGACAUGGAUGGCAGAACAGAGAAAACUGUCUCUGAAAAUCAUGCUGAAAUGCUGAGUUGACAAUUACAGAGUUUGAAAGCCGAGAAUCGAUGGCAGUGGGAGAGUUUUGGUACAGAUUUAAAAAAUGGUUCCUCUCGCAGUUAUUCUUUUUCAUGGUUGUGCGCGAUGAAAACUUGCAGCAGAUCAGCCCACAGGAUGCUACAGAAGCUCAUUUGCUUUGCAUUACUUCCAGUUAUUGAGGCACAAAAAGUCGAUGUCUUGCCUGAAGUGACUGGAUACCUCCAGAAUGAUGUCACCUUGUCAUGCCAGUUCAUCCAAGGACCAAAAGACAGCAACAUUACUCAGUUUCAGUGGGAUCUCCUGCAACCAGAAGGAGAAGAUAUAACCCUUGCCGUUUCAAAUAGUCAGCAUGGAGUGCAUAUUCCUGAAUCGCCUCUGAAGGGGAGAGUGGAGAUUGCAGAACAAUCACUGAUAAUUAAAAAAAUGGAAAUGACAGAUGCAGGGUCUUACACCUGCCGCAUAUUCACUUUUCCCAGUGGUUCAUUUGAAGGAACCACCAAACUUGUUGUUGGAGAACACAAGCCGUUAUCGACUGAGGUGAUUUCUGCUGUAGUGACUUCUGUCCUGCUGCUGUUGGUGAUCGUGGCUGCCGUGGUUUACUUCAUUUUCAUCAGAAGGCAACGUGAUUCUUCAGGCAGGCAUCGUGUCUUCAUUGAUACAGCUGGUCCAGGGAUUGAUGUGGCCAGGCCUUCUGUGAUUGUAAGAGAGGAGGAUGUGGUCUACUCUGACAUCAAGCUCAGUCCGUCCAGAAGCGCUACUCCUUCAUCCAAAUACAAGCACAGAGACACUGUGAAUGCUGAUGUCGUGUACUCCGAAGUGGCAGUUUUACGUCGACAGCCUACUGAGAAGAUGUUUAUGUACUGUAGAAGGGCUGAUGAAGUUCUUUCUUGUGCUUGCUGAGUGCAUAAAAACACUCUUAAUCCUGCUGUAAGCAAGUUGUCUGUACUAUACUUGUGGUGCCAUCAUUUGGUGUAAUCAGCACAAUCUGACCUGAUUCUAAUCACCUUAUCCUAAAAUAUAAUCUAAUAACAUAUAAUAUAGUGGCUCCAGUCCCUCUGUUUAAAUGUAGGCUGUACUAGAACCAAAUAAUAUUGUUUUAAAGCUAAUAUGUCUCUAAAGUUAAUGCAACCAUGUUGAUAAUUAGUAGGUAGGUGUGUCAUCUUCAGUGUUGGUUUAGCUUCUUAGUUUCCUAAAAAUGCAGCAAAUAAUAAUAUAACAUAGCAAGGGGAUUAUGAAUAGUUUUGAAGGUGUUUGGUAACAACCAGCGUAACAUUUUGUCCUGAUAGUGUUUGCAAGACGAGUUAUUCCAACGCAUCCGCCAUGGACUAUGAUUUUGUGUCUACCAAAUUUAGUUGCAAUAGAAAAAAAACUAUCACCAAAGUUGUGUCCUCAAAAGACCUUAAAGAUCAUCUAAUAGUUGCUAGGUGCAAUUUCUCUCUAAGCCUUUUGGUUAAACCUCUGGACAAUAUGAACUACUGUGCAAAAUGUCAUUCCAAUCCUCACAAUAGUAGACAUACCAACACUGCCAUCCCUAGAGUCAGAUCACUAUCAAAACUAUAAACAGAUCCACACAACAAGACUUGACUGGCACCGUUCAGUUAGUGGAUCAGUUUCUGGUAUUGCAGUCAGACAUAUCUGCAGUAGAACAAGAAAUGGCCACAGUAAAAUGUUUUCUGGAAAUCUCCAAUAUGCAAUCAAGGUACAAUCAACAAGGCUUCUUGUGCCUUGCUAUGCUGUGCAGUGGGGAAGUGCUUGCAUGUCUUUUUCUGCCAUCAUUGCUGUAAAAACAGCACCUGAAUCUAACUUAGCAAUUGAUGUAUUUGCAGGAGAUUUUAAUCAUGUAGUGAAGGCAAGUCCUGCUGUGGAUGUGACUGUGUCUGGCUUGCAAGGCCUUACAUAACCUGUCAUGCGUGGCCAUGUGUGGUCAUAACAGUAAAGCUGACAUACAGACAAGUGCAAUUCUCAACAAAAAUCACACAUAGUUCCUCAUUUACCAAAUAUCAAAAGAGGAAGACGGAAAGAAGAAGAAGACAAACAUUAACAUUAACUAUUCGAACGUGUGAGCACAAAAUCUACUUUUCUACUUGUUUUUCUAUUUGUUGUGUUGUGCGAAAGUCAGAAGUUGAGAAGUUUGAUUACAUAAUUACAUUGUUUUUAAGAUAGUGCAGUCCUUUAGACAGAAAUGAGUGCUGUUAACUAUACAUUUGCUUUAAUAGAUGUUUUGUUAGUAUCUGUGUUUGUUAAUUGCCAUUGUAACCUCAAAAACUUUGUUUCACAGACUUUAUAAACUCUGUGUUUUUUAAUUUAA